CGGGGAGCGCUGCGCAUGCGCUGCGCCCGGCCCGCCCCCACCCUCCCCCCAGCCGUUGUAGCGGGGGUUCUAGAACUCGUGCGGGGAGCUGUUCCAACGGCCGUUGGAGCCUGCGCGAGGCGGGGUCUCCUCGCUCCGGGGACGCAUGGAGCAGGGCGGCCCCGGCCUCCUGAGGCGGCGGAGCGCGCACGUGCCCUGUCCCGACAGCCCCGUGGCCCUCGGCUUCUCUCGGGCAUAGUACAAGGUUUCAAGAGAGGUGCAGAUCCUGGAAUGCCUGAACCAACUAUUUUGAGUCUUCUUUGGGGAUGAAAGAUUUGGCUGUACAGUACUGUAAUCAUUUGAUGGGCAGAAAAAAUGGUUGAAGAUGUGAACAUUCCUCAGGAUAAGGAGAACAUUUGCCAAUUGCACCAACUAGCUUGUACAGCAUCCUGAGGACAUAGAUGUACAUAAAACAAAAUGUAUUUCUACUGAUGUAAUUUAUUUGCUUUGCACUGUAGUUAAAUAAAUACACUUUGAUUCA